GAGGAGAGAAAGAAAAAUGUCAGGCGGGCUCAAUCGAUCCUCGAGUGGUCCUACAAAGAACAUCCUCCCUCCUCAGGAACUUCUCGACGAUCUCUGCAGUCGGUUUGUUCUGAACGUUCCCAAGGAAGACCAGCAGUCUUUUGAGAGGAUUUUGUUUCUAGUGGAGUACGCGCACUGGUUUUAUGAAGAUAACUCUGUUGAAAAGAACCCACCACUGAAGUCAUUGACUUUGAAGGAAUUUACUACCGUAUGUAUCCUUUAAGACUUACCUCAGUGUCUAAUUCACUAAUUCCUGGGUUUUGCUUAUUUGUUCAAAUGUUGAAGAGGGUCGAAAUUUGUUUUGUUGUAGUGAGUUUUUCAUACUCGUUGCUACCUGGUUGUCAUUUGCUCAUCAGCU